UUGGUGAAGAUUACAAGAGAGUUCAGUGGAGCAUUAAGAUCAAAGAAAGACUGUCUCCUGUGGCAUAAAGAUGACAGCAGUUGGGGCAGUAACACUUGGACUUCUCCAUGUCUUGGUUUCCUUUGCCGCUGGAUUCCGGCCACUGUCCGGAAUCUGGAACACCAAGAUCUUGCUGAGGGCCGACUUCCCUAACGAAUUCAUCUUCGGAGCUGGGACCUCAGCUUAUCAGGUUGAAGGAGGGAGCAGGGAAGGUGGGAGAGGAACUAGUAUAUGGGACACUUUUACGCAUGAGCAUCCUGAUAAGAUAGAGGAUGGAAGCAACGGAGAUGUCGCUCUAGACUCCUAUCAUCGAUAUAAGGAGGAUGUGAAAUUGGUGAAAGAAAUGGGGUUGGAUUCGUACAGGUUUUCUAUUUCUUGGCCUCGAAUUCUACCAAAGGGAAAUUUGAGGGGAGGCAUCAACAUGGAGGGGAUCACGUACUACAAUAACCUCAUCAAUGAGUUGAUAGAUAAUGGGAUAAAGCCUUUUGUGACAUUAUUCCAUUGGGAUUUACCACAAGCACUUGAAGAUGAGUACGGUGGAUUCUUGAGCUCUAAAAUUGUUGUGGAUUUUGAGAAGUAUGCUGAUAUUUGUUUUCAAGAAUUUGGGGAUCGAGUGAAACACUGGGUCACCAUUAAUGAACCUUGGAGUUUUAGUGCAAUGGGGUAUGAUAAAGGAGAAACAGCACCAGGCCAUUGUUCACCUUCCAAAGGAAAUUGCAGCAAUGGAAAUUCGUCAACUGAACCCUACCAAGUAGCACAUAAUAUGCUUCUUGCUCAUGUGGCUGCCUUCAAUCUUUACAUAGCCAAAUACAAAGAAGCUCAAAAGGGUAUUAUAGGGAUUACUCUAAAUUCCAACUGGUAUUUGCCCUUCUCUGAUUCAAAUGACGACCAAACGGCUGCAAGAAGAGCCAUUGAUUUCAAUAUUGGAUGGUUCAUGGACCCCUUAACAAGAGGCGAUUACCCAUCAUCAAUGAGAAAUAUUGUUGGGGAAAGACUACCCAAAUUUACAAAAAAUCAAUCUCAUAAUUUAAGAGGAUCAUAUGAUUUUAUUGGGAUUAAUUACUAUACCACAUGUUAUGCUGCAAAUAUUCCGGAUCCAUCAACAACAGUCAGCUAUUGGGAUGAUUUUCAUGUUGAUCAAAGAGUGGAGAAGAAUGGCAUCCCUAUCGGGCCAAAGGGCGGCUCGUUUUGGUUGUACUCAUACCCACCUGGUAUCAAAGAGCUCUUGGUGUACGUGACGGAAAAGUACAACAACCCGGUUAUGUAUAUCACUGAAAAUGGGAUAAAUGAAUAUAGCAAUGAGAGCAUGCCCUUGGAGCUAUCUCUACAUGACACAAUGAGGGUAGAAUAUCAUCACAGCCAUUUAUUGUAUGUUCGGGAUGCCAUGAGGGAAGGAGUGAAGUUAAAGGGAUACUACUUUUGGUCUCUUGUGGACAACUUUGAAUGGUUUAAUGGCUACAGAUUACGCUUUGGGCUCCAUUAUGUUGAUUACAAGGACAAUUUGAAGAGGCACCCCAAGUUGUCUGCUCACUUGUUUUCCAGCUUCUUGAGAGGGAGAGUUUUCCCUCUAGGGUACCCCAUAUCGACUGCUUAGCACACAGGGCCACUAAGAAAAGGAAUACAAUUGUGCAAUAAAAGGUGUAUUUGGUUUUAGACAAAGUUUCUUCUCAGCAAGGGGUACAUGGUUCAGUCAUAGAAGCUACGGUUUUUAGUAAUGAUAUUUGAUAAAGGUAGAGUAAGUGAGGCUUUGGGACCUUAUCAAGAGGAAGUGAAGCCAUAAGCAAUUCAUGAAUUUUUUUCGAGCGAAUAUUUACAAUUUGACGAAAUGAAGGCCGAUAUAACAAGAGUAUUAUAUGCUAUUUUAGUUUUAAUUUUGAUCA